AUGGAUGUGGCUGCAGUUACAGUCCCUCCUAUGGUGACAAGUGAGAGCAACAGGAUUUCCAUCAUCAUUUCCCCAAGGGCUGCAAGCUCCAAGGUCAUGCCAUUUGAGUUGCUCAAUGCCGGCAGUGUCAGCUCACAUCCACAUGAUGAUCCUGCCGAAUCCUCUGAUGCUCAUGCAACUCAUUAUCACCUAUGGAAUCAAGGCUUACCGAAGAUAAAAGCAGUUCCUCUCAUCAAGAAGGUGAUUGCUGAGUUUCUUGGCACAUUCAUACUGAUCUUCACCGUGCUUUCCACCAUAGUCAUGAAUGAGCAGCAUGACGGAGUUGAGAGCCUGCUCGGCAUCGCAACAUCUACAGGUUUAGCCAUCACGGUUCUAGUACUGUCCCUCAUACACAUAUCCGGCUGCCACCUGUAA